AUGGCCACCACCACGUUCUUCAGCCAGCGUUACACGACGGUGGCGCGACACGUGCUGUUGCACUCACAUCACCCGACCUUCGGCUACUCUUUUGCCAUCGUAGGCAUCAAUCUGACGCACCUGGCGCUGGAGCUGGUGCGCAGCGGGCAGGCGCGUGCCCAUUUCUACAACGUUUGCCAGCGGCACGUCACCGUCGAGACGUUCCACAGGUUCUACUGCUACCUCUUCUACAAGUUCGACGCCUUCUGGCUGGCGGCCAAGCCGCGGGACAUUAUGGAGUUUGGGAGGAUUCGAGACAGGUUUGCGGACACGAUGCGCCAGGCUAUGAAAGAUGACAACGUCAAACUGAAUAUGAAACUGGUGGUGCAGAACGUUUGA